AGCCAUUGGAAGAAGUGAAAAUCUAUAUGCUUUCUUGACUCACGUUCUUUUUCUUUGUUUGAUUUGAUUUUGUGUUGAAAAUUUUGAUCGGUCUCAAGAAAGGGAGACAUGGACAAGACUAAGUUGAGACAACAAGCACUCUUCAUACGAACUUCACUCUUUGAUGAGGGAUUCCUUGACGAGCAAUUCAUUCAGUUAGAAGAACUGCAAGACGAUGUUAAUCCCAAUUUUGUUGAAGAAAUUGUGACCCUUUUCUACAGUGACUCAGUAAGACUGAUAUACAACAUAGAAAGAGGACUGAUGAGUAAUCCUCCAAAUUUCACCAAGCUAGAUGAUUACAUGCAUCAGUUCAAGGGUAGUUGCUCAAGCAUUGGAGCAAAGAAGGUGAAGACCGAAUGUGGCAGAUUCAGCGAAUACUGCGCAGCAGAAAACUUUGAGGGAUGCUUCAGGACUUUCCAACAGAUUAAUGUAGAGUAUACGACUUUGAAGAAGAAGCUCCAGACUUACUUUCAGUUGAUGAAGGAAAGCUGCUCAGAUUAAACAACACUCGUAUAUAGCUGGUGCUCAUAUAUCCUAUCCAGAAGAGUUGGAUAUUAUGUACAGUAGCAGAACAAUAAUGAUUCUAUGCAUCAUUUUGCACCAUUACCACACAAUUUUCUCUUAAUAAGAAAAAUUAUAAUAUACAUAUACCUUUAUAUUAUAUAUCUUAUUUCACUUUAUUUCUUUUUCCUUAUGAUCACAUCAUAUUACUUAACUAUUCUCUCUGUUAUAUUCUCCAUCUAAGUAUGUACAUCAUUUUAGAAGAAAAAUGCACAGUACAUUGCAAAAGAAAGUCAUCCUGAUAGAAAAAAUAUGGUAAUUGUUACACUUGUUCCUGUCAAUAUAUCUUUAUUUAAUAAAAUUAUUUUUUAUUAUCAGUGUUAUACAUUAAUAUACUAAUAUUAUGAUGCAUUGGCGAUAUGCAUUAGUUUUAAAACAGUAAAAUUAUUUAAUAAUACGCAUAUUAUAUUACCAGAACAAGUUUGACCACUAUCAUAUUGUCUGUGAAGACAUGAAACAUUUUUAUGCUUUUCUAAUCAAACUUUUACCUUCUACAACUCAUAAAAUAAGUGUAAAUAUAUGGUGUAGUUUAUUUUGAUGUCCAGUAUCAUUUCUCUUAGAAAUUCCAUAUUGUAAGAGAGUUUAUAAUCCCUUGUGGUUGUGGGUUUAAGCUUUUAUGUUUUUCUGCAGUUUUAUCAGUGUACUACUAAUCUGUAUGAGUUAGCCUCACUCAACUACUGUUACAAUGGGCAAAUUUAAUGUUAUUCUGUUAGCCUGUAU